CCCCCCCCCCCGCCGCCGCCGCCAUGGCUACUUCCCCUCUCCUCCUCACCGCUCUCUCUCUCCUCAUCCCCAUCCCCAUCCUCCUCCUCUUCAUCUUCCUCGUCCUUCUCCCCCGCUCCACCUCCCCUGCAUCAAAGCAGCUCAAACUCCCCCCCGGCCCCCCGGGCUGGCCGAUCAUCGGCAAUCUCUUCCAGGUCGCUCUCUCCAAGAAACCCUUCAUCCACUACGUUCCCGAUCUAAUCCCCAUCUACGGCCCCAUCUUCACCCUCCGCAUGGGCGCGCGCACUCUCAUCAUCAUCACCAGCUCCGAGCUCGCUCACGAAGCGCUGAUCGAAAAGAGCCAGCUCUUCGCCAGCCGGCCUGCGGAAAACCCUACCCGAAUCAUCUUCAGCUGCAAUAAAUUCACCGUCAAUUCCGCCAUCUAUGGUCCCGAAUGGCGAUCCCUCCGCCGCAACAUGGUCUCCGGUAUGCUCUCCACCACUCGCCUGAAGCAAUUCUACCCUAACCGCUCCGCCGCCAUGGACCGCUUCAUCGAUCGCAUCCGCUCCGAAGCCAUCGCUAACAACGGCGCCAUUUCGGUUCUCCGCAAUGCUCGCUACGCCGUGUUCUGUAUCCUGAUCUCCAUGUGCUUCGGAGUCGAGCUCGACGAGAAAGACAUUAUUCGAAUCGAUGAGGUAAUGAAAAGGGUUCUGAUAACUCUGAGCCCGCGAAUGGAUGAUUACCUCCCGCUCCUCCGUCCCUUCUUCUCCAAACAACGCGAGCAAGCCCUGAAAGUCCGGCAAGAACAAAUUGAAACCAUCGUUCCUCUAAUCGACAAACGCCGGGCGAUUCUGCGAAACCCUAACGACCACAAAUCCGCCGCCCCAUUCUCAUAUCUCGAUUCCCUGUUCGAUCUCCGAGUCGAGGGUCGGAAAUCUCCGCCAAACGACACCGAAUUAGUCACUCUCUGCUCCGAAUUUCUCAAUGGCGGAACCGAUACCACCGCUACUGCUAUCGAAUGGGGAAUCGCUCGUCUCAUCAACAACCCGUCGAUUCAAUCGAAGCUGUAUGAAGAAAUCAUCUCCGUCGCCGGAACAGAGAAUCCGGUGACUGAGAACGACAUUGAAGGUAUGGUAUAUCUCCAAGCAUUCGUUAAGGAGCUGCUGAGAAAGCAUCCUCCGACGUACUUCUCCCUCACCCACGCGGCGGUGCAGACCGCCAAGCUGGGUGGUUACGACAUUCCGGCGGACGCGAACUUAGAGAUCUAUCUGCCGACAAUCUCGGAGGAUCCGAGGCUGUGGAGGGAGCCGGAGGUUUUUAAGCCGGAGAGGUUUUUGCCGGGUGGAGGAGGGGAGAGUGCGGACAUUACAGGGGUGAAGGAGAUAAAGAUGAUACCUUUUGGGGCUGGGAGGCGAAUCUGUCCUGGUUUGGGGAUGGGGACCAUACAUAUUUCUCUGAUGAUCGCCAGAAUGGUACAGGAUUUUGAAUGGAAGCUUCAUCCUGACGAGCCAGAGCUUGAUUUCAGCAGCAAGCUUGAGUUCACUGUAGUUAUGACCAGGCCCCUUGUUGCCCUGGUGAAGGACAGGCGUCGCUCAUAAUCUCCUCUCUCCUCUCUCCUCUCUCCUCUCUCCUCUCUCCUCUCUCCUCUCUCCUCUCUCCUCU